AUGAUCAGAUUCAUCUUAGUCCAGAACCGCCAAGGGAAGACACGCUUGUCGAAAUGGUACGUUCCAUAUGAUGACGAUGAGAAAGUCAAACUUCGCGGGGAGGUGCACAGACUAGUCGCGCCGCGAGAUCAGAAAUAUCAGUCCAACUUCGUUGAGUUCAGAAACUAUAAGGUGGUAUAUCGGAGAUACGCUGGCCUCUUCUUUUGCGUCUGCGUUGACGCGAAUGACAAUGAGCUUGCAUAUCUGGAGGCAAUUCACUUGUUCGUGGAAAUACUCGACACGUUUUUUGACAACGUGUGCGAACUGGAUCUUGUAUUCAACUUCUACAAGGUUUACGCUAUUCUCGACGAGAUAUUCCUGGCUGGAGAAAUCGAGGAAACAAGCAAGGACGUCGUAUUGUCUCGACUUGAGGAGCUAGAAAAGCUUGAAUGA